CUAAAUACCUCAUACUAAUUUUGCUCCCAGUAAAUUUUUUUUUUUUUCGUCGAACUAUCGAUACGAUUGUUAAUCGUGAAUUAUUUCUAAUUCUCCCAAAAAUUCAUUUACAUGCCAAUUGCCAUGCAACCAAAAUAAUUAAAAAAAGGGAAGGAAUUCCAAUGCAGCAAAGCUUCACUAUUUGGCUCUUUGCUUUUCAUUCCACCCCACAAAAGCACCAAUACCAAGAAGCUGAACAGCAUUCAUUUCUCCUUUCCCCCAUUUCCCCCUUUCCUUUCAUUUUGCUUACUCUCUUUCUCUUUUCCAGGUACUUCCAACUUUACUAUUUCUCUGUGCUCUUCUUCUGCUUCUUAAGCAAUUCCAUCCUUUCAUUCAUCCUCAGCCUCCCCCCAUAGAUCUCCCUCUGUAAAAGAAACAAUUGAGAAGAAGCAGAGGUCUCUCUUUCUCUCUCUCUCUCUCUCUCUCUGAUGGCGGUCACAGAAGGAAACACGGAGCCUCCCAAACCAGAGCCUCCUAAAACAGAGUGCCCUCCAGGUACCCAAGAAGUUGUUUCAGAAGAGAAGGAAAAUACCCCAAACCCUCCUCCUCCAGAGCCAGCUCUGAAAUAUAAGACAUGGGUUUUGAAGGUCUCCGUUCACUGCGAAGGAUGCAAAAGGAAAGUUAAGAAGAUCCUCAACAACAUCGACGGGGUUUAUACGACGGACGUUGAUUUGAGGCAGCAAAAGGUGACAGUGAUCGGUAAUGUCGAGGGGGAGACUCUGAUUAGGAAACUGGUGAAGACCGGGAAGCACGCCGAGCUCUGGCCGGAAUCCAACCCCGGCGAACAGAAGAAAAAGAAGAAGAAAUCGAAGAAAGAGAAAGAAAAGCAGGAAGACAGCCACGAAGAAGGGGGAGAAAACGAGAAACCGCAAGUUCUUCAACUUCAGGAUCCUUCUAAAACAGGCGAAAACGGCGCGGUGAGAGUUGCGGUUCAGUUCAAGGAGAUGAAGAUUGAGACGGUGAAGCAGUGUCCGCCGAUGGGUUCAAUGGCGGAGCCUCCGGUAGCGGAGAAGAGAGUCGGGUUCGAAGGAGGCGACGGUGGCGCCGCCGAGACAAGCGGCGGCGCUGCGAAGAAGAAAAAGAAGAAGAGAAAAGGUAGCGGCGGCGGAAAUGGAAACGGCGGUGGAGAGCAAGGUGAGCAACAGCAGCAGCAGCCCUGCGACGCGCCGCCGCGCGGUGGAUCUCCUCCUCCUCCCGCUCACGGCGACGGCGGUGGUGGUCAAACGCAAGUGCAUGUGCCGUACCCGGGGACCAAUCACCACGCGCCACAUCAUCACCCGCAUCAAUUCCCUCCGCCCCACCAUUACUACGCGCCAACGGUGUACGCGGUGAGCUACAAUACGGCGUACCCCAGCACAAGCUACGGUGCGUCCUAUUACGCCCCUCCACAAUAUUCCUACGCGCACGCCCACUCGCCGUCGGAUCCGGGCUACUCGUAUCGUCCGUCCGAUUCGUUUGAAAUCUUCAGCGACGAAAAUCCCAAUGCCUGCUCAGUUAUGUAAAAAUAAAAAUGUGGGAUGGAGGGGUGAAAAAUGUUGUGUUUUUUUCAUAAUUAUUGUUGUCACCCCAAUUAGUCUUUUUUUCGCCCAGAUACAUAUAUACAACUUGUAUCGUCUUCUUCCUUCAUAUUUCCCCAAUUAGGCCGUCGGGAAACUCCAUCUAAAACCUACUGGAAAUCGCCCCAUCCAUUAACCCGUAUGAAAUCGCCUACCCCUUUCGAUUGUCCAAACCCUUCAGAAAUUGACUUCUCUCCAACUCUCCUUGUUCAUUCCACCGAUCAUGGAAGGCGAAGAGGUUGACGGUGGAGGAGGGCACCACGUCGACAAUCCCAACCGAGGUGGCCGAAGGAGAGGCAUAGGUUUUUCCCAAUCCCAACCGAGGUGGCCGAAGGAGAGGCAUAGGUUUUUCCCAAAUUAGACCUAGGCUUGUUUCCGUUUGUUUUGCCUGUUGGGAAAUUGCUUGUUGGUCUAUUUUGGAACGUUGGGAAAAUUGUACGUUGAAAAGCAAAUUGGGACGAGAAUAAGUCCCAUUUAUUUAUUUUUGCUGUAUACAGGCGUGCGCGCCCGAAUUAGGCUUUCUAUCCAAUCCGGUUUAGAGACAGUAUAUUGGGAAAUAUUUUUUCAACCGCUACAUUUCAGAUAAUUUUUUUUUAAAUCACAAUAAUUAUGGAAAAAACCCAAAAAUGUUUACAUGUUGUUUUAUGUUAAGUUUUAAGUCUUAUAUUUUCUUGUAUGGGGUUUUUUUUUUAAGGAGUUUACAACUUGGGCCAAUAUUUUUGUAAUGGGAUUAUGGGAAGUGCCGAAGUGGUAGAACUGUAAAAUUUGUGGGGUGAAAUUAGGGGUUUUCUUUUUGUUAUCUUUGUUUUAUUGUAAUUUGUGUUACUAAGGUUAAAUUAUUAGUGAAUAACUCUUCUUCCGAAGUUUUAGAUAUUUUGAAUAAAUUAUAUAAGAUUCACGAAUAACUACUUUCAACAACUCAUUACUUAAAUGAAAUGAUUUUUCAUCAUAAUGAUGUUUAAUACGUAUUUGAAUUCUCAUGAGUUAUGAUGCUUUAAAAGAUCAAUAUUUGUCCUAUGUAUGCAAUAUGAUAUCGUAUAUUAAGUUUAUAAACUGAAUUUUGUUGAAUAAGGCAUGCAAUUAAAAAAUGGUAAAAUGAGUGAGACCGUUUACAAUAUUGAAAUGGGAUGAGAAUUGAGAAGGCAAAUUUUGGGGAAGGCAAAUGUACAAAAUCUUUAUGCUAUUGUCGUUAUGCAAAACAUGCAAACAAAGGAAUUGCAACAUCUUUGAGGUGUAGCUUUUUGGAAAGCAUGAAUGAAUAUUCAAACUUUACAUAUCGCUCUUUUUCAAUUACCAAAAGCACUUUGCUUCAAAUUGGACAAGCUAAGUUAAGAUUUGAGUCGGUUAUCUCAAUCCGUAAAGGUUGGUCGAUUUUAUUAGUAUUUUUAGUUGAAAAGGGAAGAUGGAUGCCAAUUGAACUUGCAUGUAUUCACGAUAGCCCAAUCUGAUCGAAGUAGGUAAAAUUUGACAUGAAGUAGGUAAACAAUUGCAUGCAAUCAAUCAACCAUCCAUCUACAUAAACAAUUAAACAAUUG